UUUUUCGGUAUAAACGGUAUAAAGUUUGAGGCGUUUGAGGAUUGUUCAGUUAAAAGAAAAUUAAAAAUAAUUUGAAAGAAAGCAGUAUUUCUAUUUAUAUAUUUUUAUUUACUUUUUUUUUAUUUCUAUUUUUAUUUUUACAUGAAAACAUUAUGAGUAAGGAUAAUGUGGAGGAUGUGGAGUUUAUUCCUACGUUUAUUAAAACAAGUGGGACGAAGAGCUACACUUCAAAAUUAAAGUUUCAUCAUUAUGAACUCAAUUGGACAAUAGAAGAUUUUGAGUUGAUUUGCAGGAGCGUUAAAACAAUUGAGUCACCGAAAUUCCCAUCAGAAAGCUCAACCAAUUGCCAAUGGUUUCUACAGGUGGGACUUACAGAAUUGACGGAAAACAAUGAAGAUAAAUUUUCAAUUUGUUUAAAAAACACCGAAAAUAAUAAAGCACGUAUUAAUGCUAAAAUUUCAUUUUUCGACAAUCAAUCGGAAAUUCGAUUCAUUCAAUGCUUUGUAACAAUGAGCGUGGUGAUUUCGGAAACUAAUUUUUGGUCAACGAGUGGAUCUGAAAUACGUAAAAAGUUCGGCAAAACUAUACCCAAAGAUGUUCUUGUUAAAUGUGAACUUAGUGUUUUUGAUUCACUAACAACGGUUGAAAAAGAACCGUUUGUAAAACCCAAAAAGUGUAAAGAUGCAAUGGAGAACAUGAAAAGUUUACUCGGUAAUGAAAAUUUCAAAGAUGUUAAGUUCAAAGUAGCGAAUAAGGAAUUCACAGCCCAUAAAGCGAUACUCGCCAUUCAAAGUCCCGUCUUCGCUGCGAUGUUCAACAGCAAAAUGAGUGAAGAGCUAACGUCGAUUGUUCAAAUAAAGGACAUAAAGCCGACAAUAUUUCAACAAAUGCUGAAUUUUAUCUACAAUGUCGAAAUUAAAGACUUGGAUAAAGUGGCACUGGAAUUAUUUUACGUGGCUGAAAAAUACGAACUGAAGGAAUUGAAGACCAACUGCAUCAACAAUUUAUACAAAAAUCUAUCUUUAAAAACAGUUAUUAAAACUCUUGAAGUGGCCGAUUUAUAUUCAAUCUUGGAUUUAAAGUCUGAAUGUCUAAAACUAUUGCUAAAGGAAUGGGAUGUAAUUAGUGAGACAAAAGAAUUGAAAAAUCUAAUACAAAAACGACCGUAUUUAACGAUUGAGGUUGUGAACAUACGUAAAAAAUUAGAUAAAGAAGAAAAUGUAGAAAGUAACAUGUCUCAAAGUUUACCUUUUGUUUUCCGUGAUUAAAGUGUUAUAAACACAAUAAUAAAUAAAUAUUUUAAGGAAUAAAAAGUAAAUAUUAGAACAAGAAUUAUUAUCAACUGUAAGUCUUCGUAGAAUCAGAAAUGUGAUAUUCCUUUAAGUAUUAAUAGGCCAACACACAUUGAAAAUUAUAAGACAAAAAUCAUACGAUUUACAUGAGAGUAAAGGAUAGAAACAUUGUUCUUUUUUAUUUCAUAAAGUAAAAUUGACGAUUUACAUCUUACGAUUUUCAUUGUACUUAGGCCCAUUACUUUAUAAAGAUUGUCUCGUCUCGCCGCCUGGGAUCUGUUUAUUAAAAUCCUAAUAAAUACAUUUGAAAAUAUUA